GUCGUAGUUCUCGUGGGGUUGCAGGGACCGCUGGCUGCGUUUGGGGGGCUAGUGGUGAGGGUGAUGAUCCUGGGUCCACUAGGGCGGCCUGCCUAGGGCCGAAAGGCUCCCUUGCCUCUUCGGAGCGUUGGGCGGUGCCAGCGCCUACCUCGGGGGAGUGUUUUCACCGGACAGCCUUGGGUGAGGUAUGCUUCGUCAGACGCAGACAGACAGACAGACAGACACAGGGAAAACCAAGAAGGACAGAAUGGCUGUGGAUUUGCUGCCUGCUCAGGUGACAGAGUCUGUGACGUUCGGGGAUGUGGCCGUGCUCUUCAGCCAGGACGAGUGGCUAUGCCUGGACCCUGCGCAGAGAGCCUUGUACCGAGAGGUGAUGCUGGAGAACUACAGCUCCCUGGUGUCUCUGGGGAUUCCAUUUGCAAUGCCAAAGGUGAUCUGUCAGUUGCAAGAAGGAAAAGAUCCCUGCAUGGUGGAAAGAGAGCGUCCUCAAGACACCUGUCUGGAUUUCAAGACUUGGCCUGAAAUAGAGGCAUUGCCUCCCAGACAGGACAUUUUUAUAGAAGAAACAUCUCAGGGAAUAAGAAAGAAAAAAUGCGCCAAGUUUGGUCAUUGGGGCAUCAAGUUUGGAGAAGCUUUGGAAUUUGAGAGGAGAACAGAACAAGGACAACAAAAGAAACCUUUUAGGCAAACAGUCACCUCACAUAGGAAAACCAUCUGUGGUGAUGGAAACCAUGUAAGUCUUGAAUUAGGGAAAGGCUUAUUUAUAAAUACAAUUCUUGUUACACAACAGAGUGUUCCUAUAGAAAGGAUACCCAAUAUAUAUUAUACUUUUGGCAAUGAUUUUAAACAGGAUUUUGAUCUAGUGAAAUGCUUCCAAAUUUAUCCAGGAGAAAAAGCUCAUAUUUGUAAUGAAUGUGGGAAAAGCUUCAGUCAGAAUCUUCAUCUUAUUGAACACCAGAGAGUCCAUACUGGUGAAAAACCCUACAAAUGUAAUGAGUGUGGGAAAUCCUUCACCCAUAGAUCAUCUCUUCUUGCCCACCAGAGAAUUCAUACUGGAGAGAAACCUUACAAAUGUAAUGAAUGUGAAAAAGCAUUUAGCAGCAGUUCAACUCUCACGAAACAUCUGAGAGUGCAUACCGGAGAAAAACCCUAUCAAUGUAAGGAAUGUGGUAAAGCCUUUAGCCAGUGUUCAACCCUCACUGUACAUCAGAGAAUUCAUACUGGAGAGAAACUCUAUAAAUGUGGUGAGUGUGAGAAGGCCUUCAAUUGUAGAGCAAAACUUCAUAGACAUCAAAGAAUCCAUACAGGUGAGAAACCCUAUAAAUGUAGUGACUGUGGGAAAGGUUACAGCCAGCUUACGUCCCUGGCUGAACAUCAGAGGCUUCAUACUGGAGAACAACUGUGUAAAUGCUUGGAAUGUGGGAGAACUUUCACACGCAUCUCAACUCUUAUUGAACAUCAGCGAAUUCACACUGGACAGAAACCCUACCAAUGUAAUGAAUGUGGGAAAACCUUCAACCAGUAUUCGUCCUUUAAUGAACAUCGGAAAAUUCAUACUGGGGAAAAACUUUAUACGUGUGGAGAAUGUGGGAAAGCCUUUGGGUGCAAAUCCAACCUUUAUAGACAUCAAAGAAUUCAUACUGGGGAGAAACCCUAUCAGUGUAAUCAGUGUGGAAAAUCUUUCAGCCAAUAUUCAUUCCUAACUGAACAUGAGAGAAUCCAUACUGGAGAGAAACUCUACAAGUGUAUGGAAUGUGGGAAGGCUUACAGUUACAGAUCAAACCUUUGUAGACACAAAAAAGUUCACAAUAGAGAAAAACUCUAUAAAUGGAAGGAAUAUGGGAUCAGAGAUUUCUUAGAGGAGAUAAGCCCUGUGAGGUUUAAUUUGUCUCUCAAAUAAUUCAAGGUUUCUCUUUGGAGAAUAAUCAGGAGACUAAUAAAUAAGGCACAGACUCCAUAUAACUUCAUUUUUACUUCUCCUGGAGAAAAUAUGCUCGUUACUACUAAGUAGUAGUAAGAUUUGUCAACGAAAACAUGAAGAGUGCUGACUUGUCAAAUUUUAUAAGAACCAUUAAAUUCUAAGGUUUAUAAAAAAUUUCAUAGAAAAAUGUAAAAGCCUAACUUUUUUAAAAAAACAUGAAAAUAAUGGAAUGUAAUUUUCUUUCUUUCAUUAGACUUUAUUCACUUUCUAAGAGUAAGUUUCAAUAUGAACUUUCUGUUAAAAACAGUCAUUGAAUUAUUAAUGUGGGACCUCAUUUUCUAAAAUGGCCGGGAGACAUAGGACAUGCUUUUUUUUUUUUUUUCAAAAAGAAGCUAAAGAUAAAAAGAAUUCUUUGAAUUCAAAUUUUCACUUGGAAAUAAGCUCACUUUUUAUGAACUAUCUCACCAGCAAGCUAUAUAUAUGUAAAUAUACAUAUAUACACAUGCCCAUGUACAUGUGUGCAUAUGUAUAUAUACACACAGUUUUGGAAUAUAAAUAUAUUUUUUCCAAAAGUGUUUACUGAUUAAAAAAUGUGGUUUUAUUAAUUCAGAAUUUGGUUUUGAAAAUUCAAAUUUUGCCUAAAUGGAGUCUCUUCCAUUUUCUGUUCUACAUUAUUUCUUAAUUUGAUAUGAUUCUACAUUACUGAAUAGAGUCUUAUUACAGUACUGUAGAAGUUGGAAUAAACUGGAGCAAGUGUGGAGACUGUCAUGCAAAUACUCUCAUCAGUUGCAAAGGUAUGUAUUUGCAGUAUUUGACUGUACAUCUGGUAACUCGUUAGAGCUUACCAGGAGAGCUUUUAAUUGUUUAUACCCUUUCAUUUUACUAAGGAAAUAAUUAAGCUUAUUGAGCAGAGUCAAGGCUAGACUCUAGGUCUUCAGGUCUGGUUUUCUGUGACAACCUCAAUUCCCAAGAGUACUUUUUGUUUUGUAAACUGCUGAGGCACAAUUGCAGUAAUUUACUCAGUUUUAUUUUUAGGUUUGACAGAUUCCACCUCACUUUAAUCUUAGUAAUUGACUUACAAUCAUGUUCUUCUAUUUUCUUCUAAUUAUACCUGCUUUUAUCAUAAAUCCUCAAACCCAGCUGAGGUACAGAUGGUGAAAUUGUUUUGGGGGGUUUCACAUACAAGAUUAUCUUUUUGUUUGUUUUUGUUGCACAUGUUUCAGGAAUUCUUUUGUGUUACAUGAUAUGUGAUUAUUUUAUUAAACAUCCUAGUCAUCAAUUUAAGUUAGUUAUCCAAACAUUUUCCAUGUUUUUAAGAAAGUUUUCACUUUCCUAAGAAAGUUUUCCCUGGGCCUACUUCCUCCAAUUUUAUAUUUCAUUUUUCACAAUUGGUAUCAUUUAAAAAAUUGUUUUAAUAAAAUUAGCUAGAACAUUCUAUCUGAGAAAGAUUUUAGAAUUAAACUGAAGCAUUUAGCAUAGUAUAUCUCUUGACUUGUCUUAGCUCAUUAGAAAAUAUCUUUAUAUAUAUUUAAGUAUAUUUGGAAGGAAAAUGAGGCUUUUAAACAGACCUCAAUAUUUAACAUUGUACAGAGUCCUUUGCAAGAUAUUGUAGAUAAAAACAUGUUUGGUUAUCCAAUAGUAGUGACCACGCUUAAUACCCAGAUUUUGGUUUCUAAAUGCCAUUCUCCACCUGGAGUAAUGGCUGAUUCCAUAUUUGGAGCAGGGAAAGUGUAAGGUAUGCCUGUAAUACCUUUUUGUGAAACAAAAAAGAACACUCAAAACUAACAGGAUAAUAUCAGAAGAACACAGGAGCUAACUUGAUGAGCAUCCCAUGGAUGAAAUUUAGGACAAUUUCAACACCAAAAAGAAUAAUCACUGUAAUUAGUUAUAAUACAUACAAACAAGCCCAUAAUGAAAAAAAAAUAGAGACGGGAAAUCUCUUUAUAAACUUAUUUGAAGAAUGCCAUAUUUUAACUGUACAUGUAGUGACGGAUUUAGAAAAAUCACCAUUUUCCAGCCCUUAAUGUAAUUAAGUCAGGCACAUUCAACUGUUAGACAAAAAAAAAAUUAAAAAAUUAAGGAACAUUAUUUACAUGGUGUCAAAAGAUCACAGAUGCCAACUGCAAAGGAAAGAUGUGCCUUUAUAACAGAUACCUGGCUGGCAAACUGAGUUUCACAGCUGGUGGGACAACCUGACAUUAUGUGACUCCUGAUGCACACAUGAUCUUCUGUGAUAUAUUCUUGCCAAAAAUGUUUAAUGAAAAUCUAAUUAAAUCUUUUAUCCAAACUUGUUUUCAAGAAAUACAAAGAAUAAAGGAACAAGUUGAAUCACACAGUGAGGAAAUAGACUAGCCCAGAGUUUGAAACACUGUACAAGAACAACUGGUCUGGACUUUUCAAAAAGCCAAUGUAAUAAAACAAAAAGCAGACUCUUCUAGAUUAAGACACUCAAGAGACAUAACCAAAUGCAAAGUUUGACCUUUAAUUGGCUUCUGAUUCAGAAAAAUUAAAACAACUAUAAAGGACAUUUGGGGGGACACUUGAGGGAAAUAUGAGGAUGGAAUGAGUGUUAGAUAACAUGGUAUGUUCAAUUUUCCCAGAAGUGAUAGUUAUUUAGGUAUAUAGUACAAUGCCCUUAUUCUUAGGAGAUGCAUGCAAAAGUUUUCAGUUUUAGAAGUCAUGAUGUUUGCAGCAUAUUUUCAUAUAAAUAUGUAAAAAAUUUGUCAUUGAAUCUUUUUUGAGGAUGUAGAGAUGUUCAUUGAUCAUCCUUUACACUUUUUCUGUAUGUUUAAAAUUUUAAUAAAAUAUUGAGGCAAAAUAUGGUUGGAUAAAGUGGUGAAUAUGAAUCUUCCCAUCAGAAAUCUUCCUCUAUACUCAUAAGUUUCUUGUCUAAGAGUUUAUCCUCUAGGGAUGUUGGGUUGGUUCUGGUUCCACUUUAAAUGGAAUGAGCACACACCAUCUUAUCUCUCCCACUGAAUAUAAUUAAAAACCCUGGAGAGGAAGCAUGGAGCAUCUGUUUGAGGACCCUGAAAAGUAAUGGUAGCAAGCCGAUUUGGGAAGAAAACCAGAAUUUGAAGUAAGACCAACCGGGUACUCUCAGAUGUUCCUGUGGUGAGGACAGUGGUGGUUGAGCAGGCAUCAAAACCUCUGAGAAGGGAGCCCUUAUCUCUAGCCAGAGGAACUGUGGGACAAAAAGUUGGGAACAUCCCCAUUUCUUCUAUCACUGUCUUCCUACUACUUGGACCUAUAGGUAGAAAUAUCCAUGAAGUGUGUAAACAGAGAGAACUUAAAGUCUUCGAUUUUUAACCAGAAGACCAGGAAAAGGAAGUAGCUCUCAGAAGGUGGAAUAUUUCAGGGUGGUGACAGAGGAAAGGAAGCAAUCUCAUGGUUGUGUAUAUAAUCCUAGACUCACCCCUGAUGUGGACCCAGAGUCUCAUAAUAUCCAAAAUGGUCAGGUUAUAGUGCAGAAUUACACAAAGUAUAAAAAUCAGAAAAAUGUCAACAAUAAGGAAAAAGAUAACAGACACUAUUCCAAGAUGACACAUGUUGGAAUUAUGAGGUUGGUGUUACAACAGUGUUUCAAAAGUGUGAUCAUUCUUGAAUGGAAACUUCAAAAUUCUCAGCAGGAAAAUAAAUAAUACAUAGAAAGGAACCAAAUGGACAUUUUAGAACUGAAAAAUACAGUAACAAAAUUUAUCAAAAAAUCAUUGGAAGGACUCAGUAGCAGAAUAGAGAUGGCAGAGGGAAGAGUAAACUUGCAGAUUAAUACAAAUCCAAAUUGAAUAAGA